CUGCGGGGCUCCGGGCGGUGCGGGGACCGCGGUGCCGAGGACGCGAGUGCGGGAGCGGAGCUGCGGGGUGGAGUUCAACCUACUCUCUUUUGAAAGGAAAGGAAGGUCAUUUCAUGCCAGAGUGAUAAAGGUUUCAAGUGGUCAAGAGAGUGGCUGUACCUGCAGUGGAUGUGCCUCGUAUAAACCAAGUUCAGACUUCUGCUGAAUCAUUUGGUGCUGAGCGAUGACAAGAGAGGAAACAAAAAGUUAAACCAGCAAGCCUUGCCCUAGCGAGAAGCAAACUUCCUUGAUAACAUGCUUUUGCGAAGUUCAGGAAAAUUAAAUGUGGGCACCAAGAAAGAGGAUGGCGAAAGUACAGCCCCCACCCCUCGUCCGAAGAUCUUGCGUUGUAAAUGCCAUCACCAUUGUCCAGAGGACUCGGUCAACAAUAUUUGCAGCACAGACGGAUAUUGUUUCACAAUGAUUGAAGAAGAUGACUCUGGGAUGCCGGUCGUCACUUCCGGAUGUCUUGGCCUAGAAGGCUCAGAUUUUCAGUGUCGGGAUACCCCCAUUCCUCAUCAAAGAAGAUCCAUUGAAUGCUGCACAGAAAGGAAUGAAUGUAAUAAGGAUCUACACCCCACACUGCCUCCAUUGAAAAACAGAGAUUUUGUUGAUGGACCCAUCCACCACAAGGCCCUACUCAUAUCGGUGACGGUCUGUAGCUUGCUCUUGGUCCUUAUCAUUCUCUUCUGUUACUUCAGGUAUAAGAGGCAAGAAACCCGACCUCGGUACAGCAUUGGGUUAGAACAGGAUGAAACCUACAUUCCUCCAGGAGAGUCCCUGAGAGACCUAAUUGAGCAGUCUCAAAGCUCGGGAAGUGGAUCAGGCCUCCCUCUGCUGGUCCAAAGGACGAUAGCUAAGCAGAUUCAGAUGGUGAAGCAGAUUGGAAAAGGUCGCUAUGGGGAAGUUUGGAUGGGCAAGUGGCGUGGCGAAAAGGUGGCCGUGAAAGUGUUCUUCACCACGGAGGAAGCCAGCUGGUUCAGAGAGACCGAAAUCUACCAGACAGUGUUGAUGAGGCACGAAAACAUUUUGGGGUUUAUUGCUGCAGACAUCAAGGGGACAGGGUCCUGGACCCAGUUGUACCUAAUCACAGACUACCAUGAAAAUGGUUCCCUUUAUGAUUACUUGAAGUCCACCACUCUAGACACGAAGUCGAUGCUGAAGCUAGCCUACUCUUCUGUCAGUGGCUUAUGCCACUUACACACCGAAAUCUUCAGUACGCAAGGCAAACCAGCAAUUGCCCACCGAGAUCUGAAAAGUAAGAACAUCCUGGUGAAGAAAAAUGGAACUUGCUGUAUAGCUGACCUGGGCCUGGCUGUUAAAUUUAUUAGUGAUACCAAUGAAGUUGACAUACCACCCAACACUCGCGUUGGCACGAAGCGCUAUAUGCCUCCCGAAGUGUUGGAUGAAAGCUUGAACAGAAAUCACUUUCAGUCUUACAUCAUGGCUGACAUGUACAGUUUUGGACUCAUCCUUUGGGAGAUUGCUAGGAGAUGUGUAUCGGGAGGUAUAGUGGAAGAGUACCAGCUCCCCUAUCAUGACCUAGUGCCCAGUGACCCCUCCUAUGAGGACAUGAGAGAGAUUGUGUGCAUCAAGAAGUUACGCCCCUCGUUCCCCAACCGGUGGAGCAGUGAUGAGUGUCUAAGGCAGAUGGGGAAGCUCAUGACGGAAUGCUGGGCUCACAAUCCUGCAUCCAGGCUGACGGCUCUGCGUGUCAAGAAAACCCUUGCCAAGAUGUCGGAGUCCCAGGACAUUAAACUCUGACACGAGGGAGAGGAGGUGUCUCUGCAGGAAGCCACCAGGUGCUCUUCUGUUUGUGGGCAGAGCAGAUGUGAGAGCAGCACCCCUACUGGAAGCCUUGACCCAGCAGGUGCAGCCCUCACCUCUCAGGCAGCAACCUGGACAAAGACAGAGAAGUGCCCGCUGCACAGCUUCAAGUCCCCUGCCUGUCAGAGGGAGAAAGCCACGUGGGUAACGUGUUUGAGAUGUGAUGCAUGUUGCUUUCUAAGAAAGCCCUGUAUGUUGGGAUGGCCUUCUUGUUUUUGUUUUCAUUUUUUUAAGAUGCUUUAAUUUUGCCAAAAUAACCUAGAUGUUUUAAGAUUUAUACUAUUACAGUUUAGAUAUGUCAACGAAAGUUCUUCCCAGAAACUCUGUGCUGGAAGGUAAAUUGAGAUACGUGUUUUUCACAUUGGUAAAAUAUCAUGGCACUCUGCAAGCCAGAAGACCAUCUGUGACGCUGGAGAACAGAGAACAGAGCUCAUCCUGACCCCAGAACCUGGCCGCUUCGGCCCCCAGACCACUGCGGCCCGCCCUGCCAUUGGGGCUGUGGUGGUAAUGUGAACGCACCUGCAGACAGCCGCCACCGUCAGGGAGCGCACUCGGGACUUGCUGCAGGUGGCCUUUUGCAGCUUCCGGCGACUCAGAACAAAUGGAGGUUUCUUGGGACUCUAAGAGCAGUGCGUGUGGAUGGUGUUCUCCAGAACCACCGUGUGUUUCUGAGGCUGUCAGGCAUUCCUUUCAUGGUGUAAAAUCCUUUCCUUUUCAGAAAAACACAAACAAGCUUUUUUAUUAUUAUUUUUAAGUGUAGAAAAUUGACCUGUGCAUGCUUUUGAUCUUUCAAAUCCAAAGAUCAGUACUAAGUAAGCAAAGCCAUGAGUCGUGUUAAAGACAAGGUGCUUUACGAUGGAGUUCAUUGUCUGUUGUGUGAAGCAGGACACGUGAGUGAGGUGGGGAGGACGGCGGAGUGGACUGACGGCUGUGUCUUACAGAUGCCAAGGAGGCAGUCUCAGAAGCACAAGGAAAAAAGGAUGCACACAGUAUUUUACAGUAGUGGUUUCUGUUGGUUAUUGUCUGUGUGUGUGUGCGCGUGUGUGUGUGUGUGUGUCUGAGUUAAAAGAAUAAAGAGGAAGCAUCGGUCAGGUUAAUUUAACUAAAUUUUAACUUAAAAAAUAGAUAAAUAUAACCUCCAGAUGGGACAGCAGAGGGGAGUGGAGGCCACAAGAUAUCGCUGCUGUGUUUUAUUAUCUUAUGUAGAUAGGGAUUGACUCCGUACAUGUUACGUGAUCAUUUCACACUUUACGAAUGCUGACUCAUUUUAUUUUAUUUUCAUGAUGUUAAGUUCACUAUUUAAUUUAUUAUUUUUUUCUUCUCUGUGGCACUUGUCAAAACAUCUCUUCUGCUAUUCAGUUCUAUGGAGUUUUCACUUUUAAGCAUCAUAUUAAAAAUUGUUGACAGGGCUGAUAGUCUCUAGCAAGAGGAAUAUAAUAAUGUUAAAUAUUGUAUAUGUCCCUCUCAGCUCCAUUCAUUUACAUAUCUUUAUUGAGGUUUGCUUUUACUUCUUAGAAAUUCUUUAGUGGUUAGUAAAGAAUUUGUUAAGUACCUCCCCUUUGGCCAAUAAAAACAGAUGUUCCUUCCAGAAUACUCCAGGGGGCAGUGUUUUAUAACACAUUUUCCCCGCUGGGUGACUGAAAGAUGGAGACUUUUAAAACAUUUGACAGGUGCAUGAGAAAUGAGGAAACAUUUUCCUCACUUGUGAAGUGGCGUGCAGCUGGUGACUUGAUCAUCCAGAAAACAUCCUAGGGCGCUGAGUGCUUCCAGUUUGGGAGAAUCCUAGGAGAAGCACAUAUCCUACAUUCUGCACUCACUUCCCAAUGCAUCUCAUCCACAGUUUCUUUGUAACCAAGAAUUUAUUACUUCUUUAAUUUGACAAGAAAUUUCCUGCUUUUUCUUUUUUCUUUAGGAGUAAAAACAGUUGCUUCCAAAUACUGUGUUAAUCAGAGUGCUGCUUUUAUGGAUAUUAAAAUAACCUCGAUGGACAAUGUAAAGAUUCCUUUCUCUUGUGUCCGAUUAUAUUCUUUGUGAUAAUUUAGAAGGAAUGUGUGGUUAAGGUGGGUGUGAUAAUCAUCUGAGCCCUGCAGACAAUCUGCCUGUGUGUAAUCAGAUCAUCUUUAAUCAAAGGAGUAAACAUGGAUGCAGUUAACCGGUAUGCAUUUGUGUUUCUUGGGAUCGCCCUAAAUUUGAGAUUGGAAUUAACCUCUUAGUCAAAAAUCACGCUUUCUUUCUGGUAAGUUCUUGAACAUGGGGUAGCUUAGAAUAUUUUAUGGGGAGGGUGAUGAUUUUUAGGGAAGUGUUUAUUCUAGUGAAGAAUGGGAGAAAUUAAAAUAGUGUCCAGAUUUCUUCUGCAUUAUCCAUUUGGUUGCUUUGGGAAAAAUCUCUAGCUUACUCUCUAUUCCCCAGCCUGAUUUACUUACCAUGAACAUUUUGAAGUUUAUUUCUGAGAUACUUAAAAAGACCCACUUAAUUAUUUUUAAUGAGAAAGGGAUUUAUUUAUGAAAAUAUUUUCCUCUUUAUCAUACCAAAAUCCACUUAGGUAAUACUAAAUUGUUCUUGAAGGCUACCUACUCACCUCCCAAUAAUCCUGAAUGUUUUUUAAAUUCCUAGGGGUUCAGAAUUGAGUUUUGUUUUAUUGUUUGGUCUUUGAUUCAGACAAGUGAGAACCUGGAGACUAAUAGUAUAUAGUUGAUUGCAUAGUUUCAAGAUUAUUUCAAAGACUAAGGUUUUUUUCUCCUAACUCCUCCCUGUCAGAGUAAUCUUAAAUUAUUAGAUAUUAGAAAAGUUUUGUAUGCUAAGAUUUCAGGUUUAUAGUUUAUGCGUGUAUAUAUUAUAUAAAUAUAUGUAUAUGUAAAUAUUACGUUCAGUGUGGAGUCUGGUGCAACUCCAUUAUGUGGAUUAGAGAGUAAACUAUUAUGGAUGAUAAAGUACUAAAUGAAACCUAAUAUUUAUUUAUGAAAGUGUGUAGGUCGUUCAAUCACAAGUGAAGUGGGAUGAACAUUGAGUGUGAGGAGACAGGCCUCUGACCUCCUGGAAAGCACCGCGCACAGUUCCCAGUGACCAUUCUUUUUUAUUCCUCAAGCAGAGAGCUUCUCAGAAAACAUGCUGAGAUUUUAUUUACAGGGAAUCCUUUGACACAUUUCAAUUGAUGUGAAGUCAAGUAUAGCAAGUACUCAAUAAUGACUGAAUUUCAUGUUGCUCGGGUCAUGCAUAUUCAUUAGAAGUUUUAUGUUGUUGGUCUCUUUUGCCUCUUCUUUGUCUGUGUGUGCAAAGGCACUAAGAAAAGGACUUUUUUUUUUUUUAACUUGAACGUGUUGCGUAGUUGUAUCUCCUUAGAAAAUGCAGUCCUGUAGCAGUGAAAAUGAAAGAAGUUAGCAUCAGAAGUGAUUUAAUUUAGCAAUUAUGACUGCUCUUGUAAAACAGAAACAAAAAAAAAUGCCAUAUUUUUUGGGAGAAAAGUUGGCAAUUUAUAGGGGUUUUGUUGUCUGUUUCAAAAGAAGACUCAUUUGUAUUCCUUGGGGAACCAGUGCCUUAUGGAAUCUGUAUAUACUGUAAUUAUUCAGGACUAGGGAACAAACGAUUGUAUUGUAUUUGUUACAGAUUGUAUAUGGCUUUGUUUUAACAUUCCCCUAAAUAAAAUAGCUUCA